GUUACCACCAUUAAGUCGAGGCUAGCCAUCUUUUGGCGGAUCACUCGAAGGAGCAAGGAGAAGUAGCGGCCAUAUUUUGGAAAAUCAAGCGCAAAAUGAGUGGUGAAAAUGAACCCAUGGACAAACCGCAGUUGACAGAGGAGGAAAAAUUCAAGGCAAAGUUUCCAAAUCGAAAGCCAAAUACAACAGACUUGAUGAGAAAAAGACUACAAAAAGGAGGGGUUAAAUACUUCGAUUCUGGUGAUUACGCUAUGGCAAAGAGCACCGAAAAGAAAGGCCCCAUUGCUAAACCAAGACCAAACGUCGACGUCUUAGGGGUCGGAAGAGGAAUACCAACUCCAGAUAAGAUUCCCCAUCGAAAAACAUCAGUACCUAUUCAAGAACAUGGCGUCCAAAGUUCGACACACCCUGAACACCCACACACAAGUUGAAAAUAAAACCCAUCCAUUCUCCACUUUUAACAAAACAAAAUUAAAAGUUCUUCAAGCAAAGGGGUCUUAGACAAAAUGUUCUGGCUGUUGCAGAUGCUGUAUGUAAAGCUUUGUUAAUACUAGUGCCAGUGCUCUGUCAGUGUUGCUGUAUAUGACCAAACCAGUUUGAAAUUCAUUGGUUGAAUUUGAAAACUUAAUGGGCCACAAAGUAAUGAGUCCUAAGAUAUUGUGCAGCAUGUUUGAGGGCUAUUCAUUCUUAUGGCACCACAAAAACUUUGAGACUUUAUUGCUUUUGUCAAUCAAUUAAAAUAGUAAUUCAAACCAUUAUAAAUGUUAUGGUUGAAAUCCAAAAAUAUGCAAUAAAAUGAAUAAUAUCUUGAGUUGCAAGAAAUUAAAAUAUUUUUAUAGUAAAAUCACUGAAAAACUUUCUGCAUUGUAUUUGCUUUAUUCCUGUUCUCACAAUUUGUGACCCAGUAGGUUUUUUUUAAAUUUAGAGGACUGUAUGUUUGCAUGACCAUGAUACAAAUUGUUCAUUUAGGUCUACCCUACUUGCUUGGUUACUUCUGAGGAUACAAUUUUUGCUGGACAUUUCUAGCACUAAAAUUUUGCCUUUGAUUAAUGCAGUAUUUCAUUGUUUAAUGCAUCCAUUGGGGGUUGAAAAUGCUGUGUAAUCUAAAAUGGUAAAGCAUUAGACCCAAGGUACCACAGUUUUUCAUGGCUAAGCACUGGUCAAGACAUCAGUUGUGACAUGGAAAUUGGGCAAUAGACUGCUGUCAAUCAGAGUAUGUAAAUGUACUCAAUAGGCCCUUUGCAGCUAAGCAAUCACGUGCUGAUUAAUUCACUGAGAGCAAAUGAAUGAACAUCUUGAUUCCAAUGG